AUGGCAGACGCCAAGGCUCUUCCUGUAUUCGCCUUCACAGAAGAAAGGGUACAGGUGCAGCAGUUGCGUGGCUAUUUGAAGGAACACGGAGCAUCUAUUGAUGAAGAAGGUCCUGCUGAUUUCGCCGAUAAUCUUCUUGGACUUGUGAAAGAAUUGAGCCUUAUUGGUAGUUUAGAAUGCGAUAAAGAGACAGAAAUGAUUUUGAGUUCAGUGUCAUCCCUUAUUGUAGUUGUAGCUCCAGAAGCUGCAAUCACUAUUGUUGAUGAGUUAUGUAAGCAGGUUUCGUCUGACAAAUUUCAGGGGAUAGGAUGGUCGUCCAAUAUUGGUGCAGCUGUGCGCAUUUUGUCAAAUCUGUUCUAUGGAUUUAAUACUUUCCCUCGUGUUCAAUAUGCCUUGUAUGUUGCAUUGGUAAAAUUAUGUGGUCGAGCAAGGAUAAUUGGUGAUUUAGAUGUCAGUCCGGAUAAGGUUAACGAGUAUGUUAAGAAGUGGAAUUUGAACAAAGACCAGCAGAGAAAUUUACUGCGGGAUAUCCAUGCAGCUUUAAUUAAUGACCAGAGGUCUGAUCAGGCCGCCAAGACUAUGAUGGCGUUGUUGGGAACGUAUACCGAUGAAGACGCUUCAUCAGCUGUAGAUGAUGCCCAUGAAUGUGUGCGAACAGCCAUUGUAGAUCCAAAAUCGUUUAGCUUUGAUCAUCUGUUACGACUCGAAGCUGUUCGAGUAUUGGGAAAGAAAGAUCCUGUCAUGUAUGAGAUGUUGAAAUUAGUUUCCGAGGGUACUUUAAAAGAUUACCACACGUUCGUGCAAAAGCAUCCAAAUUUUGUGAAGGAAAAACUUCAUGUGGAGGAGUCUGUUCUUGUGAAGAAAAUGCGACUGUUAACAUUGAUGUCGAUGGCUGAAAAAAAUAAUACCAUAUCAUUAAAAGACUUGGCAAAGGAAGUUGAUAUGGAGGAUGGAGUGGAACUCGAGGAGUUUAUUAUCGAAGCUGUUCAAGUCAAUGCUAUAACUGGCAAAGUUGACGAGAUUCGUCGCGAGUUACAUAUCACUUCUUUGCAACACCGGUCUUUUGGUCGUCCGCAGUGGGAAUUAUUGCAGAAAAGGCUGACGAUGCUAAUAGAUAACUUGAAAGAGGCUCAUAAAAAUAUAGGAAGUGUUCUUCCACAUGAUGAAGCCACUUGA